CAGGGCCCUGCCCGUCCUGAGCCAGCCUUUGCCGAGGCGCAGCGCUGGAUCGAGCAAGUUACAGGCAGAAGUUUUGGUGACAGAGAUUUUCGGUCUGGAUUAGAAAAUGGUAUUCUGCUUUGUGAGUUACUGAAUGCAAUAAAGCCUGGAUUGGUAAAAAAGAUCAAUAGACUGUCGACUCCUAUUGCAGGGUUGGACAACACCAUCUUAUUCUUAAGAGGCUGCAAAGAGCUUGGGCUUAAAGAAUCUCAACUUUUUGACCCGGGUGAUCUUCAGGAUUUAUCAAACAGAGUAACAGUCAAGAACAUUGACAACAGUAGGAAACUGAAAAAUGUUCUAGUUACCAUUUAUUGGCUGGGGAAAGCCGCAAACAGAUGCACUUCAUACAGUGGAGCAACACUGAACCUGAAGGAGUUUGAGGGAUUGCUGGCCCAGAUGAGAAAGGAAACCGAAGAUAUUGAAAGCCCCAGACGCAACAUCCGUGACAGUGGUUAUAUUGAUUGCUGGGACUCUGAACGCAGCGAUUCUCUUUCCCCCCCUCGCCAUGGCAGAGAUGAUUCCUUUGACAGUCUGGAUUCGUUUGGUUCCCGCUCACAGCAGACACCAUCUCCAGAUGUAGUGCUCAGAGGAAGCAGCGAUGGGAGAGGUAGUGACUCUGAGUCGGAUUUGCCACAUCGAAAGAUGCCAGAUGUGAAAAAAGAUGAUAUGUCUGCGAGGCGGACAUCGUAUGGUGAACCUAAAUCAGUUGUGCCUUUUAACCAGUAUCUCCCAAAUAAGAGUAACCAGACUGCCUAUAUACCAGCUCCUCUUCGGAAAAAGAAAGCUGAACGAGAGGAGUAUCGAAAGAGCUGGAGUACUGCUACUUCACCACUUGGAGGAGAAAAGCCUUUCAGCAAAAAUACCCCUGAAACCAUAGAAGAAGAACAAAAUGAGGUACCAAGACAACAUGAACAGGAGCAUGUGGGAUGCAUGGCUUCCAGGACAAACCCCAGUAAAAGUCAAGUAGAUUUCAAUCAAAAUGAAGGAGGUGCUACAGGUCAGUUUCCUUCAAGUAGUGGCAAAGAAACUGCAGUGCACAAGUGCAAAGACAAAGAUGCAGAAGAGAUCACAAAGUUACAAAGGCUUGAACAAGCUGGUAUAAAGGUCAUUCCAGCAGCACAACGCUAUGGCAGUCAAAAGCAAAUAUGUGAAGAUAGUAAACCGACCCCAGACAUCAUCCUUCACAAGCAGAAACCUUCUGUGAUACAUUGUCAAGGAAAGGAUUCUGGAUCAGAAGACGAAGCAAUAUGCAGAGUUCCUGAUCUAGAAAAGGAUGACUUUGCAGCCCGGAGAGUAAGACUGAAUCAGCCCAAAAUUCCAGUAACAUUUAACCAGUUUUCAGUUGGACCCUAUACAAAAAAAGAUAAACUGGAAGGUGCUAAAAAAUCACCACAGAAGGAAAACCUGGAAUUUGUCAGAGCAAACCAGGUACAUAUGUCCUCAGCGAGGCAAGUUGUGAUACACAAAGAAAACCCAUUCCUGCAGCCUCAGGAUAAGGAGUUGGAGGAAGAGGAGCAGGUGAAAGUGCCUGAUAUUCAAAGAGAUGACCUAGCUAAACGAAGGACUCAAAGUAACUUUACCCAGCAACGAGAAUCUCAAGUGUUUGUGAAAGCUUCCAUAACAGAAGCAGAUUUGGAGACGUGGGACAGACUGAAAGUGUCUGAGGAGCUCAGUGAAGAAGACAUCAAAUGCUCCCAGGAUCUGGAACCAUCUGCUGAAAUUGCAGCAGAAGCAGCUGUUCGUGAUGAUUUUGCCAACCGCAAAGCAAGAGCAUACAAAAAGGCUUCUGGCCCCAAGCAGAGGUUUGUACACUUCGGGCCAGUAACUGAGAUUGACCAACUGAAAUGGGAGAAGCUUAGUAUUGCCAGGGCUGCAUCCAACAGUGAAACCACAGAGGAAACUGGGAGGGAAAGUGCUAAGACACAGACGUGUUGUGAAUCCUUUGCAUCUGCCACAGCCUGCAGCCUCACUAACGCCGGACAUAAUAAUGAAGUCUCCAGGCCACAAAAUGAUUCCAGCAGUUUGCCCUUGAAUUACACAAAGGAACAACAACGUGGAACACUGUCUCCUGUCUCUGUGGGCAGCAGUGUUACAAGAGAAGAGGAAGAUCAUGACCUGAAUAGGGGUGGGACAAAAAGCCAAGUGAGAGUUCCAGAUCUGGAAAGAGAUGAUAUGAUGGCAAGAAGAACUGGAGCAUUUCUAAAACAGCCCGGACCCUGUAUAAAACAGUUCCUUCCUGUUCCUUUUUCAAAGCAUCAGAGUAGCCAGGAGAGAACUAAGCAGCUUGUAAAGCCUGAAAAGAAAGCGAAGAGCACAACCACUGCCACCGGCUCGUUCACAUCUGAAAAGUGUCCACAAAUCUGUGCUAACAGUCCCCAGAGACUGGCAGUGCAGCCUCUGAACAGAGAAGAAAAAGAACAAGAUAGACAACAUCUCCCUGAUACAGGACAAGAUGUGGCUUCCACUGUCCACAUGAGUAAUCAUAAUCUUGAUCAAAUUCACCCAGAUCAAACUUCACAGCUUCAGGAAGUUCCUGCGAGAAAUAAAAUAUUAUCUUCGUGCAGAGAUGAACUGCAAACAUUCGGCCACAGAACUGCUGUGUCUGAUGACGCAGAGAGUGUGAGUAUGUUUGACAUGCGGUGUGAAGAUGAAGCUGUGAUGCAGCCGCACAGCAAGGCUCGCCAUGAAAAACUACAGCAUAUUCACAACCAACUGAAAGAGGAUGAGGAUAGAUGGCAAGAUGAUCUGGCACGGUGGAAAAGUCGCAGAAGAAGUGCUUCACAGGACCUAAUUAAAAAAGAAGCAGAGAGAAAGAAGAUGGAAAGAUUAUUGAGUUGUGGUGAUGGAACAAGUGAGCGAAGGAAAAGCAUCAAGACUUAUAGAGAAAUUGUGGAGGAAAAAGAGAAAAGAGAAAAGGAGCUGCAUGAGGCCUACAAGAAUGCUAGGUCACGUGAGGAGGCAGAGAGCAUUCUCCAACAAUACAUUGAAAGGUUUACCAUUAGUGAAGCUGUUCUUGAACGUUUGGAGAUGCCAAAAAUUCUGGAAAGAAGCCAUUCAAUGGAGCCAAAUUCAUCAUCACCGCCGAAGGACCCAAAUCCUAUGCGAUACUUAAGACAACAAUCGCUGCCUCCUCCAAAAUACACUGCCAUGAUUGAAGCAACCAUUGUUUCCACCAAUGAUUCUGAAACCAGCAUUUCAACAGGCCAAACAUCUCCAACCAAAACUGUUGUCUCCAAGGCUGUGCCUAUGCUGACACCCAAGCCUUACUCACAACCCAAAAACACACAGCAGGUCUUGAAAACAUUUAAGGUAGAUGGAAAAGUUAGCAUGAAUGGAGAAACCUUCAAUGGGGUUGAAGAGAAGGAUAAAGAAUGUACAACAGUGAUAUUUGCCCCUUCACUAAGAAGAUCUCCAAAGUUUGAAGGGGUGGCCAGAGUGGAUGGAUCUCCCAUGGAGCUGAAGCAGGACACCACAAGCAUUGAGCUCAAUUUAAAAAGGCCUGCCACUCAGAAGGUGCACAGAGACCUGACAGCCUCCUUCACUGAAGAAGUUAAACCAAUCAACCAAAAAGAUGGAGUUGAUUCUGGAAGGCCAGAAAUGAUGCAUUUGGGAUUUGCUUCACCAGUUUCAGAACAGAAACAGAAGACAACUGUUACUUGUGCCCACCCUGCUAUACCUAGUGUGGAGUUCCCUCCUAGCUCCCAUUCUGAAGAAGUAGCAUUAAAAGAUAAAGAUCUGAAGAAGACUGAGACAGAACAGAAGGAAGCAGAAGUCCUAGUUACACAGAAGGUAAUGAAGUCAAAUGCUCCAGAACAAGAAGGGAUUAUACUAUUUCCAUUUUUGAAGAAAAUACCUGAGACCAGCCAAGUUAUUCUUCAAAACUCUGAUCAACAAGCAGAUUCUGAUAAUAGUGACCAGUCAAAUCGUUUCAGUUUUUGGUCCUGGGAUCCAGAAGAGGAACGAAAGCGACAGGAAAGAUGGCAGCAUGAACAGGAACGCUUGCUUCAGGAGAGGUACCAAAAGGAGCAGGACAAGCUGAAAGAAGAAUGGGAAAAAGCACAGAAAGAAGUUGAAGAGGAGGAGCGUAGAUACUAUGAGGAGGAACGCAAGAUAAUUGAGGAUACUCUAGUUCCAUUCACUGUUUCUUCAAGCUCUGCUGAGCCCCUCUUCACUUCUUCCUCUGUCACUGAAGGAAAUGGGACAGUGAACUUGGUGGAACUGAGCAACUCUCAAGAGGAAGACAGACAAAAGGAAAUGAAAAGACAGGAAAAAUUACCGUGGGAGCAGGAGGGUUCAUCGUUGGCAAAAAACAAGAAAAGCGAGCCAUGCCCAGAAAAGAAAAGCAAUGUAAAUGAAGUGCCCACAGAACACCCAGAGACUAUUCUUCAGUGGGGAAGUGAGCAGAAUCACCAGGCAUCAGUGACGGCACACAGCUCACCUGCCCUACUGAAUCUGCCAUUGACUCAAGAUGCGUCAAGGAAUCAGCAGUUAACAAAAAAGUCACCACACAUUUCAGAAGAAGUGUGUGUUCAGAAAACAUCUCUGGAUCAGAACAUAGGCCAACAAGCUAAUUCCCCAGGAGAAAGGAGGAGGAUAGGCUGUCAUGAGAAUUUCAGGUCUGGGCUGUCAUCUCCAUGCUCCCCUACACUUCAAAGCCAGUCACCCAACAGGUAUCAAAGGUCUGUCAGUGGAAAGAAACUAUGUUCUACCUGUCGGCUUCCUCUUGGAAAAGGAGCUGCCAUGAUUAUUGAAACACUUGGUCUAUAUUUUCACAUUCAUUGCUUCAGGUGUGGAAUUUGCAAGGGACAGCUUGGAGAUGCAGCAAGUGGAACAGAUGUCAGGAUUAGAAAUGGUCUUCUCAACUGCAAUGAGUGUUACAUCAGAUCCAGAACUGCUGGACAGCCAACAACAUUGUGACAGGAAUUUCAGUCCUAAACAUUUACUGCAAGAAGGAACUUCCCCGUCAUGUCCCUGGAGCUACUUCCAGACAAUCACUUGUAAGAGCUCAUAUCCGUGGACUUCAUAGCUCCCAUCUCAUUUUGUAAUACUUAUAUAAAAGGCUGCAUCUGCUAUUUUAAAGCACAGUCUGAUUUUUUUCCCUUAAUGAAUUUGCAUAAUGUGGAUGAAAAACAUUUGGUAAUUCAUAUCCAAAGUAUUAUUAAAGAAGAGACUUUUCAUAUUUGCAGAUCUAUUUGAUUUAAAAUCUGUUAUUUUACUCUUUUGAAAGUCAAAAGAUUCAAUAAAUCUAUUUUGUUUUUAUAUUUCAAGGUAUUAAAAAUUAAGUUUACAGAACCUUUAUGGAUGUUCUAGAAUAUGUCAAUUUGAGAUGAGAAAUUAUUUAAAGAUAGCAUCUUAAUUAGUGCAUUUGCAAAACUAAACAUCACAAGUUACUUUUCUGUUAUUACUGAAACUAUAACUUUUUUACACAAAGACACUAGUUUAAUAAUACAUGCUAUAAUUCUGAAACAUUUUGUUUUAUAUUACUUUCAGUGGACGAUAGGCAUUAUACAAAUAAUUUAUUGCACCUUUAGCAUUAGGAUUUUUUUUCAGUGUGUGUAUACAUCAAGUAAUGUUCAACAUUAUCGCUUAAUAAUCUAUCAAAUAAAGAUUUGUUCAUUAAGCUAAAGG